AUGGACGGCCGGCCUAUAACGGCAGACUCCAAACAUAAUUAUCCAUCUCAACCUCUUUGGACCCGGUCGACCUCGAGCCCGUCAGUCCCUAGACUCAGCAACCCGUUGUCACAAACCCAGCCAGAGCCGCAUCUCGUCUCUCAGUAUCUGGCUGCCCCUCAAGUUGACUGGAUCCCAAUCUUAUUCCCGCAGCAGUCCUCGCUCUAUCAGGCACAACUUCUGCAGUACAACAAGCUCAUCGCGCCGGGUCGAGGCGGCGGUCUCCAGACUCCUCCGUUGCCGCCGUUGCUGUCGGCCCAGAACGUCCACGUCGGGCCUAGGUCUCGUUCCUCAUCCAAAGUGUCGACCAAGGAUCCUCGCGCUAGGCAAAGCUCCCAGAAUUGCCAUGCUACUAGAGGAAACCAACAUACCAAUAAAGCCGAUCGCGCGCUUAUAACCGGCAAGGACACCCCAUCUAAAAUGCCGCCCAAGAAGCCGGAUCUGUCCCAUCCUCUCCCCCAGAGGCCGAAGCCGUCGACAUCGCCUUCGAACUUGCCUCCGCAUUCAAGUUCCGUGCCUUCAACCCCUCAACAGCAUGCCCGAAAAUUCUCCUUCGAGUCGAGGGAUCACUCGCCCAACGCGAACCAAUCCCACUCACCCCGAUCCGCGUAUUCCGAAACUAACGGCGCCGUGCCCUCGCUUCGCUCCCUCCCUCCGCGGCACGGCGGCUGCAAGUAUGAGACGGGCCUCGAGCAUUCUCGCCGAAGAGUGCCGUAUAGUAUAGGAAGUGACCGGCUUGAGAAGACGGAUUUGCAGACUAUUAAGAGCAAGCUUUCUGAGGACGAUGAGCGAAAGCUCACCGCCGACAUGCGCGAGCUCUACGGCCGGUUACAACCGACGGAGCAGGUGGAGGAGAAGCGGCAGAAGCUCGUUCAGAAGCUGGAGAAACUUCUGAACGAUGCUUGGCCGGGCCACGACAUUCGCGUGCAUCUUUUUGGCUCCUCGGGAAACCUGCUGUGCUCGGACGACUCGGACGUCGAUAUCUGCAUCGUGACCCCGUGGAAAGAGCUUGAAGGCGUCUGCAAGCUUGCGAAGCUGCUGGUCGAACACGGAAUGGAAAAGGUUGUCUGCGUAUCCUCGGCGAAGGUACCGAUCGUCAAGAUAUGGGACCCCGAGCUCGAGCUUGCCUGCGACAUGAAUGUGAACAAUACGUUGGCUUUGGAGAACACCCGCAUGAUCAAGACAUAUGUCCAGAUCGAUGAGCGUGUGCGACCUCUGGCUAUGAUUAUAAAGUAUUGGACCCGGCGGAGAAUCGUCAACGACGCUGCAUUCGGCGGGACGCUGAGCUCGUACACGUGGAUAUGUAUGAUUAUCGCAUUUCUGCAACUGCGUCAUCCUCCUAUCUUACCGGCGCUCCAUCAGCGACCUCACCAGAAACUUCCCAGGAAAGAUGGCGAGAUAGCGUCUUUUUCGGAUGACGUGGAGAAGCUGCAAGGGUUUGGCAAUAAAAACAAGUCCACGCUGGGCGAGUUAUUGUUCCAAUUCUUCCGAUUCUACGCGCACGAGUUCGACUACGACGCGAAUGUGCUGUCGGUGCGCCUGGGAAAGAUCGUUAGUAAGAAGGAGAAGAAGUGGCAUUUUGCCUUGAACAACCAGCUUUGUGUGGAGGAGCCAUUUAACACUUCCCGCAACCUAGGCAAUACAGCUGACGAUACCGCAUUUCGGGGCCUUCACAUCGAGCUGCGACGUGCUUUUAGGCUUAUCGCGGAAGGCAAACUUGACGAGUGCUGUGAGCAAUAUAUUUAUCCGAAGGAGGAAGAGAGGAUAUUUCAGAAGCCCAAAACACCGCGUCCCAUACUUUUACGGAGUGCCUCUCAACAAGCCAACCGAGGGGGCCGAAAUGGGGCCUUUCGGGGAGGAAACAGACAGCAGGGCCAGCACCGAAAUAACGGUAACAAUAACAGUCGCAGGGCAUCGUCAAGUGUGCCUUACGAGAACAACGCCGGAAGCCCGAUGUUCAUUCAGGCCGCAUACCCCAUAGCCAUGGCGCCUCAAGAUGCCGCUGCGCUGUAUAUGCAGACAUCGCCGGAAGUGUUGGCGCAGACACUUUCUGCUUUGCAGUUGCAGGAGAAUAACCUCCGAUUCAUACAGUACACCCAAUCACACGCGUUCGCUAUACAACAAGCGCAGAGGAUCCAGAGCAAUGCGGCGCAGACGCAGUCAUCGUCGACCGAGCGUUCCAGGACCAAUUCGUUCGACACCCCUCCUUUAAGUGCCCCCUUACGUCCCGAAAUGCGGCCGGAGAUAUUUUAUUACCCAAUACCUCUCCCCACGCAGGCGUUCUACGCACAACACGGUUUUACCGCGUAUCCGUCCUCGCCGUCGAGCAAUCACGGCGCCGAAUUUCGGCGAAGUCCUCACCGAUCCGCAGCGGCGGGUGAUGCCAACCACCCCUUAUCCGGAAGCUCUCUGAGAUCGCAGUCUCAGCCGGCAUCGCGAACCGCUGCCGGCAUCCCCGGCACUCAGGGCUUGGCUAACGGGAACCCGAUGUCAAAUGGGGCCGCCAACAUCCCUGCACGGCAUGUCAACGGAAUUCCUAUUCCCAGCUUCAUCCCAGAUGAAGGGCACGAGAAUGACCCGGAUGGGUCAGCAACGAAUACUCCACCGGAGGAAGAGAAGGGUUAUAGCUACUACGCGGAUCCGUCGAGCCCCCCGCGACGAGCGAACGGUCCAAACAGCAGCAUGCCCGCGUUUGGCGACAUUGGGCCCCAGGCAUCGUCCAAUCAGAGCAGUAGAGGUCGCCUAUCGUCAGAUCAGAUCCCCCAGUCGAUACUCGACAGAAUCAAGCAUAGUUCCCGCUCUCCAUCGCCGUUGGGGAAUAAAGUCUACUCUACAGGGAGAAAUACGCAUUCUACAAGCUCGCAGGUACGCGAAACAGCGCCAUUGGUCGUUAACGGUUCCAUGUCUAAGCCGGUCGUCGGAAACUCACCUCGACAACCGUCGCAAAGCGAGUUCCCGUCCCAGUACGCUAACUACGAUAACCCACUUCACAUCAGUCAACGUUCAGAAUCCGGCAGUUCGACGGCAGAAACGCCGUCCAGCCAGAACCCCACCCCCUGGAAGGGGAAUUCCCCUACAUCGGACCGACCAGUCGUCGUGAAUGGCUCGUCCAACCCCUCAUCGCUGAUAAGUAAUCAAUUGCCGGCGUCACAAUUCCCUCAUGAUGCCAUGACCGUGAGUUCGGCCAUCAAUCAGUUCACAAUCGCGAAUAUGCCUCCAGGGCCGACUGGACUCGACAGCAACGGUGUUACUGCAGGAAUUUCGUCCGGCUCCCUUCAACGAUUCCCGCAUCGGACACCACCGAACGCUCUAAUUGCACAGCUGGAUCUUGCGACGGAGAAUCGCAUGCAGGCAAACGAAUAUUCGCACCUCUCGCCAGUCUACGAGGCCCAUAGCCCUUCUCCGAAUUUUACGAUGAGGUUAGAUUUACCUUUCAGCCAGGUACCGACCCCUUCGACCACCGAGGGGCAUUGCCCGCCCGAUUUUCAUGUAGAACCAAGCAAGAACAAGCAAAAAUUGCCGAUUGACGGCUCCCCGUCUAGGUUCGAUGCCCCGAUACUCUCCAAUCCGAGGGUGAAUGGGUUGUUGAAAGAAAACGGACACACGAGAGGCGUCAAAAGUGAGAGUGAUAAUCCUGGUGCUGGGUGGCAAAAGAUGACUCGAGGCAGGAAGAAAGGCAGCGAAGUAAAGCCCCGGAGUGAGGUCUAUCCGCAGAGCGAGCAGUUGCCCAAGAAUGAUUCGGAGAGGAAAGGAGGUUGA